UUGCACUGGUACCAAGGAAGGGCAAGGGAGGCAGAGGUGAUAUUUCUUGAGGCGCUAAAGGACUUGGAGAACACUUCCGGGUUAGACCACCCUAAUACCUUGACGGUUGUCAGCAACCUGGCUCAGGUGCUGCGGGAGCAAGGGAGGUACCAAGAAUCGGAGGCGAUA